AUGGCAGUGAUGUUAAGGUUUGUGAAUAAGAAGGGUGAGAUAAUCGAAAUAUUUGAGCAUGUUAGUGACACUUCUUCAAGAUCUUUAAAAGCAGUUUUGGACAUGUUAUUUGCUCGCCAUAAUUUAUCUCUUUAUAGAUUGCGAGGACAAGCAUAUGAUGGAGCAUCCAACAUGAGGGGAGAGUUUAAUGGGUUGAAAGCACUUAUUCAACGGAAAAAUCCUUUUGCUUUCUAUGUCCAUUGUUUUGCCCAUCAAAUGCAGUUGGUGGUUGUUGCUAUUGCAAAACAUAUUGCAGUUGUUGCUGAAUUUUUUACUAACAUCAGUAUGAUUGUUAAUAUUGCUGGAAAAGGGCUUAAUCAACCGACUAAUCUUGCAAGACCUGGUGAUACUCGUUGGGGUUCACAUCAUGUUACUUUAGUCUGUUUGUUGUCUAUGUGGGGUUCAGCCUUAUAUAUGCUUGAAAGAGUUUAUGAAGAUGCAAUUGAAAGAGAGCCGAGGGGAAAAGCAAGUGCCUUGAUUAAACUGAUGGAGGAUUUUCACUUUGUAUUUAUUCUACAUCUGAUGCUUAAGUUAUUGGAUAUAACAAAUAUAUUGCCACAUGCCUUGCAACAGAAAGAUCAGAAUAUUGUGAAUGCAAUGAACUUGAUUGAAGUUUUAAAAAUAAAGCUACAAGACUUGAGAGACAAUGAAUGGGAUGCUUUGCUACAUGAAGUCAGCAUGUUUUGUAACAAGCAUAGCAUUGUGGUGCCUGAUAGGGAAGAUCAAUUUCUAAUUCCAGGACGGUCUCGCCGUGUGAGGCACUUGGUAACUUGUUAUCAUCAUCAUCAUAAUGAGGUUUUUCUUCCUGUGAUUGAUUUGUUUACUGUUGAGAUGAAUGAUAGGUUUUCUGAAUAUAGCACUGAAUUAUUAAGGUACAUCUCUUGCCUUGAUCCGAGAGACUAUUUUUCUAGAUUCGAUCAACAUAGUUUGAUUUGCCUUGCUAAACUCUAUUCUGAUGAUUUAUCUGCUACUGACUUGUACUUCUUGAGAGAGGAGCUAGAGAUAUACAUUUGUGAAGUAAGAAAUAGUUCUGAUUUUACUAGUUGUGAAGAUCUUGCUAUCCUUGCAAUUAAGAUGGUUCAAACUGGUAGACAUUCUACGUUUCCAUUGAUUUAUCGUUUGAUUGAGUUGGCUUUAAUUUUACCGGUGGCUACAACAUCUGUUGAGAGAGCUUUUUCUGCAAUAAAGCACGUUAAGUCAGAUGUACGGAACAACAUGGCAGAUGAGUGGUUGAAUGAUUUGACGACAUGCUUCGUUGAGAGAGAUAUAUUUGAUUCUAUCGACAAUGAAGAUAUUUUACAACAUUUUCAAAACAAAGCAAACCGGCGAAUUCAACUUUCACCUCUUGCUCUUUCCAAUUCUUAG